AGUAAUCAAAUAUGAGAAUUUAAAAUUAAUAUAUUCAGGUUUCUCCUUCAGCUGUUUAAUCAUUUUCUCCUUCUAUUUUAACUCUUCUCCCAUUUUCCCAAAUUCCAGCUUUCCUCUCUCCAGUUUCAGUUAUAAUUACUCCUUUCCCAUUUUACUUUCCUAAAGCCCAUUCUCCUUCAUAUCUUUUACCGUUAUUCCAUGAAAAAACUCCUUGCCCAUGUUUUUUAUCAUCUAUAUAGUAUCCUUUGUAGCUUUUCCNUUGCUUAUUAUGCAGCAGGAACUGAUUAAGUGUAAUACACUUUCUUUUUUGAAUUCUCUCUCACUGUUGACAAAUCAAGUGGUGCUUCAGUUGACACAGCAUUCAAGCCAUUAACUUAAACAGCCACAGCAGGAUGUGCUGUUGGUGCAUCUUGCAACGCAAAAGCUGAUACAAUCUUAAAAUGGUGCACAGAUUUAUAAUGUACAGCAUUUUCGCAACCAGAUUUGCACUUGAACGACUAAUUUGUUCUUCAAUAGGUCGUCACCACUACAGGAAUGAACUAUUAUUUGACUGGAACUGAAGUCUGGUACACCGGUAAUGGAUUGAAUAAGAAAGCAACAAUAGUUUCAGUUAAUAAUUCAGUCAAAGGGCAAGUAAUUAUCUAAUUAAAGGCUGAAAUUGCUUGGAGAUCAGUCACUAUCAAAGUUACCUCUACUUUAUCAACAGCUUAAACAGGAGGAAGAAGACUUUUAACAGAAUAAAUUACCUAUGAUCCAGUAAGUGGACAAACAGAUACAAUAGAAUGCAUCAAGGCUGAAGGAUCAGAAAAAUGCCCAACAUGCGAUCAAGAAAAAGCUGCAAAUGGAUAUUCCAGCGAUGAAUGUGUCGAUGUAGAUAAUUCAUCAUCUAAUGGGUAUAUUUUAGCAGCAGGAUUAUUUGCCAUGUUUAUCAUGGUGUGAUUAUUUUUUAUGUAGAGGCAUUAUAAACAAACU